CCGACAACCCGGUUCUGAUUUAUCGGCUGCAUGUACGUUUUCUGACAACGAAGGUAAUUCUAGCAAUCUUUUUUUUUUCUUAUUUUUGUAGGUCAUGUGCUUCAGAUUUCGUUAGUUCUAGAAACUGAUGUUGAAAAUUUGUAAUUUUGAGGUUUGUAUUGCUGAUUUCAAUAGUUUAGAAACUGGUGGCGUGUUUGUGCUGGUUCGACAAAGCCAGAAAGCGGGGGCGACGGCUAGGGUUUCGAUUAGUUCUCUCGGUCCGAUGUUCUUCACGAUAGAGAUCCACUCGAUAUGGUAAAGAUGGAAUUCCGGCAUUGCUUGGGGUUACAGGUGUGCUUGAUUUGGUGGGGUUGAAGUUGAACGUUUACUUGAGUCCUUUAUGUAUUUUUCAUUAUUAUUGUUAAUCUCAUGUAUGCAUUAUGCAAUCUACUACCUGAUGUUCUUGAUUCUUAACUGUUUGGUCUGUUCAUGUCUUGAUUUGCUAACAUUACUUGCAUGUGUUGAAAAAUAUGGUUGCAGGGGAUAUACCAGCAGCAGCUACCGCGGAGGAUAUUAAUAUUGCUGUGAAAGCAGCACGCAGAGCUUUUAAAUGUGAUGAAGGAAAAGAAUGGGCAUCAGCUUCUGGGGCUCAUCGUGCAAAGUAUCUUCGUGCCAUUGCUGCAAAGGUUACUGAGAAAAAGGAUAAGUUCACUAAGCUUGAAGCCAUUGAUUGUGUAAAACCACUUGAUGAAGUAGCCCCAUCGUACAGCCAUAUAAUCCUAUAUUUUCCAGCCCUAAGCCACCGAUUGCACAUACCUUAG